CUGCAUGGGGAGGAUCAGCCCGGACCACCUGCUGAGUUACUGCUACUCAGAGGCGCUGGAGCAGUCGCUCCGGAUGGAGAUACACGCUAACAUCUCAGACUCCAGACACAUUCUGCCAGAAAACCAAGGAGCCUUCUUGUUGGUCUUUAAGAUCCUGGGACACCAUCUAACAUCAAGCACUGGCCUGAUGCUUAAUGUUCACCACAACAUCUCCUCUCUGCAACCGUAUGUCCCGUUUCAGUUUGACACCAAGUCACAGCUCAAUCGGUCAUCAUCUUCAAUUAAAGCAGCAGCAGAGUUCCUCAUAGACAAUCAUGUGAUGCGUUUGAAAGCCCAGGCUUCCCAGACAAAGCUUGGAUUCAAGCAAGUGUUCGAGCUCUCCCACUCCUUACCUCAGCUGAUGUCAGUUCCCAGGAGUCUUUUAAUAAAGACUGGGCACGCGCUGCACAACGGAUCCCUCGUCCUCACACACCACACCCAGUGGAUGGAUGAAAAUUCACCUCGCCCUACAGCGUUAGACCUGAAAUCGAAACAGAUAGAUGAAUCUCGAGGGUGGGAGCUAGAAAUAAGGCUAGAGAAUGAAACACAGAGCAAACGGGGCAAUGUUAUCCUUAACUGGGAUUUGACUGGCUUGCAAGAGGAGGUACAGUAG